GCCGCCAAGCAGUGCCAUAGCAUCUCAUUGGUCAGGUGGCUACAACCCUGGGUCAUAUCCCCAGAUUUCUGGCACGGGUCGCCCUCACACAACCCUGCUUCCCGACCUUGAUGGCCCUGCCCUUCACCAACCUUGAUGGCCUGGCCUUCUGCAUCUUGAGACACCUUUGAGAUAUGCGCGCAACGAGAGGCGAGCGGGAAGCUCAUGUAUCCCGGCAGGUGAAGUAGGAUGGAACUACCUUGAUAGCUGGAAUAAAUACAACUGUGUCCCAUCAUCUUGAGUUUGCUCAUCUUCAAUCCCAGCUUCAAAUAUCUACAUCACAGCCAACGAAAUGUGCGGCCCAGAAACCCCCUCCAACCUCCCCAGAGUCGGUGCUCGUGUAGACUUCUACUCGUCCUCCACCCGCCAAUCGUUAGGAAACCUCCUCUUCCACAAUCCAUCCACUCCUUCCAGUUCAAGCGCUACCCACGUCCGGUUCUCGUCUCCUUCAUCAGGCUCAGCCUGUUCUUCACGAUCCUCUUCACCAGUGCCAUCUAAGAAGGAUGAUGAAGAUGUCCUAGUAUCCAUCCAUGUCUCGGGCGACAUGAGCAAACCCAUCCGAGAAUCCGGACUGCUCCAGCAAUUCUCUCUCCCAAGCACAUCCAUAGAAGCACACUAUGAGAUUGCGCUCCGAGAGGAGCUGUCACUUGUGGUUGGGAUAGGCAUCAUCGGACGGAGAGUUUCCAUGACCAGAGGCGAUGAGGUGCUGGCUGAUGGUAUCAUCGGGUUCAAUGCGCUGCCGGAAAGCAUGGCUUCUCUUUGA